UGUUAUUUUCGAGUAAAAAAACAUUAGACUGACAGCCCGCAGCAGUAAUUUUUCUUUUGCUGUAAAUUUGUUAAAGCUAUCGCCGCCGUUUGUUGUUCAUUUGAGAAGUAAUUCCGAAAAAAAAAAUCAAAUCAAAAUGUCUGGCCUAUCAAAUUUGUCAAGUGCCGAUAAAGGUGAACUAAUGGAACAAGUUAAACAACAAAUUGCCGUAGCCAAUGCUCAGGAACUAUUGACGAAAAUGACGGAGAAAUGCUUUAACAAGUGCAUAAAUAAGCCCGGCACCUCAUUGGAUUCAUCGGAACAGAAAUGCAUUUCCAUGUGUAUGGAUCGGUUUAUGGACUCCUGGAAUUUGGUAUCUCGCACCUAUGGCAGUCGUCUGCAACGUGAACAACACAAAAUGUAGAACACAUUUGCAUCUACUCCAUAAACUCUAUUCUUAAUUUGCAAUAAUAUAAAAAAUAUAGCCAUUAUUUUGUUGAUUGAUUUUAAGAAUAUUUCAUAUACCAUGUAUACAAAAAGAGAUAACAAUGAAAGAAAACGAAAACAUGUAACUGAAAACUUAAAACUAAAAAUCCCACACAGAUAAAAAAGGAAACCAAACAAAGUUUUAGUUUAAAUCAAAUAUGUAAGAAACUAUGUUCGAUAAUAAAAAAAAGAAAGCCAAA